AUGCUGUCCUACGUAAAAACCGUUGUGUUGGACAACUUCUCAUGGCCAUCAGUGCUACUGUUCGGUGGAAGCUUGGUAUUUUUGUACUGUAUGCCCAUGACCUAUCGCAAUGCUGACUCAUAUACCAUCACGUAGAUUCCAAGCUAUCUUCUCAUAUUAGCCAUUUACAAUGUCUUCUUCCAUCCACUGCGAAGGUACCCUUGCCCUAAAUAUUUUGCUGCCUCGCCUCUACCAUACGGCUUUUGGUAUAUUUCUGGGAAAUGGCACACAAAAAUUAUAAAACUUCAUUACAAGUACGGUCCAGUGGUUCGUAUAGGUCCGAAUGAGUUGUCAUAUUCUUGUCCUGAAGCAUGGGAUGAUAUUUACGGUCGCUAUGUACCAGCAAAACGAAAGGAGAACUCCAAGCCAGUGUGGUACUGUAGUCCAGAUGCCCACGAUAUGGUGGGUGCAAAUCUUGGAGACCACGGACGAAUGCGUCGUGUCUUUGCUCCUGCCUUCACAUACAGUGCAAUGUGCGACCAGGAGCCGUUGAUCAGCAAACACGUCGAUUUGUUCCUUGACCGGCUCGAAGAUAAAGCACAGGGUGGCACGGCAGAAGUCAAUAUACUGGAAUGGCUCACUUAUUGCACCUUCGACCUCAUUGGCGAUUUGAGUUUCGGCGAGUCUUUUGGCUGUCUUCGCGAGUCGAUGAUGCAUCCUUGGAUUCAGCUGGUCUUCGCUAACAUCUACGUAACGCAUAUUUUCAUUCUCUGCAGGCGGAUUCCGUUCUUCUUCGCUUUCUUGCCAAUGAAGACAACAUAUCAGCUGUUCAAGGACUUUACAAAACAUACCAAAGUUCUCCGGGAAGUGGUUGAUAGGCGCCUAGCGUUGACCACGAAACGACAUGAUUUCGUCGAUACGAUGACUAGCAGCCCAACGAAGACGCUGGUAAGUUCAUAUCAGAACUAUUUUUAAGAUAAAUAGAAUCACAGCUAAACCCUGUUACCAGUAUCUUACCCGUGAAGAAAUCUUCAAAAAUGCGGUUCUCCUCACCGGCGGCGGCGCCGAAACCACAUCCAGCUCUCUCACAGGAAUGUCAUACAUCCUCGCCACCCGUCCCCAUAUCAAAGAAGCAAUCUUCAAAGAACUGCACCAAGUGUUUGCCAGCGAAGACGAGAUUAACAUGCGCAGCGUGGCGAAAUUGUCUUAUACUGGCGCGUUCAUUGAGGAGAGUAUGAGGUACUAUCCGCCAGGACCAAACACGAUGUGGAGAGUGACGCCGCCUGAAGGAAACACGAUUUUGGGAGAUUUCAUUCCGGGGAAUGUAAGUAACACAAUUGUCAUAUACUUCAUAAUGAGCUAAUUGACAAACAGACUGUCGUUGGCAUUCCUCAUAGAGUGAUGUAUCGAAGCGAGUACAACUUCAAGAAAGCUGAUGAGUUUCAUCCGGAGCGUUGGUUACCUGAAGAACAGAGACCCCUGGAGUUUGCGAAUGAUCGAAGAGACGGAUUCCAUCCAUUCUCGUACGGCCCAAGAGCCUGUAUUGCUAUGAAGUAAGUCCUUACACAGUGGUACACUGUUAUGAUGCUGACGAUCAAAAAGUCUCGCAUAUGCAGAGAUGCGUUACAUUCUCGCUCGCUUGCUGUGGAAUUUUGACCUUGAGAUGACGGAGCAAAGUCGCAAUUGGAUGGAUAAUCAGAAGGCAUAUCUUGUUUGGGAUAAGCCUGGGCUAUUCUUGAAGUUGAAGCCGAGGGAAAAGGGAGUGAGAUAG